GCAGCACGAGUUUACCGUAAAUUAUGACGAAGGGAGAGUAGGACCUUUGCGUAGCUCUUAUUGGUUGCUGUUACAGGGGGUGGAGUGUAAAGUGCGAUACAAAAUAUAUCAAUCCGAAGUAGUUUGUAGAUUGAAUCAGUGACUGACUUGGAAGAUACAAAUUGUGUAAUAGCAAGGUGAUCCAGUGGGCAACGUGAACUUUCGAGUGUGUUUAUAGGACUUUAAAAAAAACAUUUUCAUUCCACUCUUUUCCCAAGUUUACAGCACUUUUUGUUGAAGAAACGGUCAAGAGAAACAUGCACAAAGUGUUCCUCGUGUUGUUUUUAUUUGCCUCCGUCUACUCUGAGUCGGUGCGGGAGACUGAGACAUGGAUGCCCAUGAAGACGACCCAAGCCGCGUCACACGACGAGCUUGUUGCGUCUGGUGACGCCCCCAACGGCUCCGACUUUGGCUUCCCCGAUGAGGAGCACGACACACUUGACAAUGAGGAUGAAACGGAUGAUGAAGACUUCUCUGGCUCUGGAGAUGGAGUAACUACUAUUACAAUCAAAAAUGACAAUACCAUGACAAAGCCUGACAUGAACGACAACAAGAUUCCAGACCUGGACAUGCCCCUGAGGUCCAAACCCACACCGAAUGAGAUUGAACUGGUCCAGAAGAACAAUGAAGUGUCAGUGCGGGGUGCUCCCAACCCCGAGGAGUACCCAUCAAACGUACUGAUGGCCCAUGCGGGGGAGGAGAGCAUCUUCAGAAAAACAGAGGUCCUAGCAGCUCUGAUUGCUGGUGGAGCAGUGGGUCUGCUCUUUGCCGUCUUCCUCGUCCUUCUGCUCGUCUAUCGCAUGAAGAAGAAGGACGAAGGCAGCUACGACCUGGGAAAGAAGCCCAUUUACAAAAAGGCUCCGACAACUGAGAUCUACGCCUAAAGCCCACCUUCGUCGGGCUCCCUGCCUGCUCUCCAGUGCCUCUCGAAAGCAAACCUCUCCUCUUGCCUGCUUACUGUAAAGCUAGGAAGUCCCAGAGGGAGAAAACAACACCAAACAAACUGCUUUUCCUAUUCCACCACAAGUUCUGAAGUGGUUCUAUUGAAACGGAAUCAACAUUUUAACUGUCAGUUCCCCCCCCCCCCCUUUCCCUACAGGAAAGAUAUUGGGUGAAAUCUUGACUGUUCUCUCCCACACUCUGUUUUAUGACACUAACAAGGUGCAAUGACAACUUCGCUCAGUGAGGUGACAUGGUACAGAUAUUUAUUUUCCUCCCCCCUACUCUGAACCUUGGUACCCAUACUGGUGCUACAGAAGUCUGUUACUGUAGCAUUUUCUUUUACAAUAUUUAAAAAAAAAAAAUCCCUGUGUAGGGAAAUCAUGACUGGUUCUGUUUUAGAUUCAAAUGUAUUUUGUCAAACAGAUUAAGUCUGAAGUGAAUUCCAGAUUGAUGAAAAUACCUUGAUACAUGCUACUCUAUAAAUAUAGCAGGGGCCAAGCUUGAUUCUCCAGGCUGUGUUUUAUUUGGACAGUACGGAAAUCAACAUGCUUUUAUUCCUAGGACAAAUCGCUGUGUAAAUACACCCACUCAUCCACACACCACAAUUAUUUGUAAAAACGAGCAACACAACUACACAUGAUUGGUGAGCUCAGUUUGUCAGACUAAGCUAUUUGAACAGAUUAUGGUUUAUUGCUGUUGACCUAAAACAAUUAUCACUGCACAUGGACUGUACGCUUCAAGGGAUCUGUACAUAGCCAUUUUAAUAAAAUUCUGAACUUGGAACUUAGCAAUUUCUUACCAAAUAUUUUAUACUUUGUCUAACAUUACUGUAAAUGCUUGGAAUAAUCGGUUUCUUCAUGCCGAAGAAGUCGGGAUGUAUUGAUUCACAUAAAGAGCGGCCCUGGUUCAAAUGUUUGACAAAUGUUUGACAACCGUUCCAAAUGUACGGCAUGCGUCGGUCAAAUCACUAAAUUGACAAAGCUAUCCACCCGAUAGCCGGGUGGUAGAUGCCCAGUUUUCCUAAUGGCUCAGCUCUGGUGCCUACAUACACGACUUACAUGAUUUACACACGCGUCAGCUCGGAGACCCAGCUUAUGAGCUCUGUCAGCAGCAGAUUUGAAUUUAGAAUGGGAAAUUAAUGUGUUUUAUGUAACAAAUGUUAGUGAACCGAAUCGCAUCGAUUUGUUCCUCUAAUCAAACUGAAUUGUACUGACUAGUUUCAAACUAAAACGCAUUCCUGUAUCAUAUCGGAGCCCAACUAUCUAGAUGCGUAUUGAAUCGUUGUGUAAGGGAAAGAUCCACAUCCCUACUAAGAAGCCUAUAGUGGGAAACACGUUUAACUACCAAUGCUAGUACUAACUUUUCUGUCCAAUGUUUUAGAAUACUUGUUCAAUUUAACUAUCAAAUUGUAUUGCCUUUCAGGUUGGGGCUUUUCCCCCUCUUAGCUGUUGUAUUUGAUUUAAAUGUUUUAUACACUAGUUCAAGAAGCAAAUAGUUUGAAAAGUUUAUUUUGUACAGUUUGUUUUUCACAUUUUUAAGCCGUAUAUAUUUAUGUUUUGUAGAAGGAUUGUUAUGUAAUUGUUCAGGGGAACUGAAUUGAGCCAUGUCAUUUGCAUGGGGAAAAAUCUGCUGCUUUUGUCACACGAUAUGUGAAUCACCAAUUGAGUGGAGAAGUCAAUGAAUCAUUGAUUUCUGCAUGCAUGUUCUGAUUUAUUUGGAAAUAAAGCUAUUUUUAUGCACAUUAA